AUGUCGGAGCUGCCCAGCUCGCCACCACCACACGUCGCGAACGCGGGCAGCCGCAAGCUCAAGAAACCGCCGCCCAUCACCCCGAAACGCUUCCAGAAGUUUUUCACGCCGCGCACAUCGACACAUGGUUCUUCGAGGGUCUCCAGCUCCGGUCGCCAAUUGCAGGAUAUCACGCGGGCUGCCAUUAAUCGCGGCAAUGCCACCCACAGGACCACGCCCCGCAAGACCGUGAACUUUGCCGAUAUCGAGAUUGAAAAGGGCGUGCAGACCCCUCAGCUCAACUCGCGCAAGCGUAAGACGCCGUAUCUGUCGCCAGAGAGCUCUCCUGCUCAGUCAUCGCCCACAAAACGCCACAAGUACGCGACCCCGCCGCCAUUCACCAUUCUCGAGGAUGCACCCAUAUUCGAUGAACCACCUGUACCCGUCUUCCAGGAGCCAAUUUGUCGACUCAAGAGCUUAGGAGGAACUUCGCGGAAGCUGACUCGAUCAUUCGGUGGGCUACUGGGUGUUGGCCGCGGUCUACGACAGGAUCACUGUGCAUCAUGGCAGGACUACACUGCCGAUUUCUACAGUUCAGCAGAGGAUCACUAUGAGCUUCCUCCGGGUGCGCCACCGUUCUGCACAGCUGCGUGCAAUGCCAACUCACUGGUCGCCGUUGGCGAUGAGGAUGGUUGGGUACACCUGCUCGAUGCAGAAGACGAUGCACCUUCUAGUUUCUCAAAAGCUCACGUGUCUUGGAGAGCCCAUGGCAAUGCUAUCAUGGACGUGCAAUUCUCUUCCGAUGAUGCGUGGAUCGCUACCGGAUCAGGAGAUCAGACAGGCCAAAUCAUCGAUGCUCGAACUCAACAAACCGUCCAUGUUCUGGCCAAACACAAGUCAUCUGUAAAGCAGAUACGAUUCCAGCCAGGGGACGAUAACAUAGUGGCUACAUCGAGUCGUGACGGCGCUGUGCAGAUUUGGGAUCUGAGGUGUAAAGGUGGUGAGGUUCACAUUCACCCUGGUUGGGGCGAAGACGCACCAUACGCUAGCACCAUCAAAUCACUUUCUUCUGCACACGCAGAUAUCGGACCAAUCAACAAUGCCAUGGCCAACACCAAGGCUACAGGUAGUCGAAAGAGCGAAGCAUUCAGUCGACGUAACGAAACAUCCGUCACUGCCCUCUCGUUCCUGCCUACAGGCCGUGAACACCUGUUACUGACGGCUUCUGACGCAUCGACCAGUGUCAAGCUAUGGGAUAUAAGAGGUCGAUACUCUUUGCGCGGCCCUGCCGUGCCCAUCUCCACAACUAGGCACCCCGAAUCGCACACUCGCCACCGUCACUUUGCGAUCAACUCGCUCACGCUGAGCGGCGAUGCCGCUCGCCUGUACGCCCUGAGCAAGGACAACACAGUAUAUGCGUACUCGACAAAUCAUCUGAUCCUAGGCGUUGCACCAGAACUCUCCUCAACCUCAUCGAAGCAUCAGCGGGUCCAGCAAGAUGGUCUAGGUCCGAUCUAUGGUUUCCGACACCGCAACUUCCACGCCGGUUCGUUCUACGUCAAGGCAUCGCUUCGAAAAGCUGCAGGCGAUAGACCAGAACUGCUGGCAGUUGGGAGCACUGACGGCUGCCCGGUGCUGUUUCCUACCGAUGAGAACUUCCUCAAGCGCGAGAACAACCGGACGGAAGAGUUCCCCGAGUUGCCCCAAUUACGAAGAUCGACCCGCCCUUCAUUUUUUCGCAAUGUGCCUACCGGGAGCAAAUUCCCCAGCAUGCUUGCGGACACGAUACCCAUUUACGAACAUGGCACUCCCUUGAUCCGAGGCCACGAUGCAGAGGUGACGAGCGUGUCUUGGACGAAUAGCGGCUCGCUGAUCAGCGUCGGAGAUGACUUCCGCAUAAGAAGGUGGAAGGAAGGCUCUAGGGCUAGGGAGCUGAGGCUGAACGGAGAGGCGGAGGGCAAAAGGUGGCAGUGUGGCUGGGCUGUUACGCAAGAAGGCUAUGAUGACGACGAGUAA